CUCUUCAACUUCGAACUUCAUGUUGACAGAUAUUAUACAUAUGACCUUUUCGACAUACGCCUUGCUUUGGGACAUUUUUUCAGUCCCAAAUACAGUCGUGUCUCGGGGGUUACCUGUAGUCUGGUUAUAGGAUUUGCUCCACUGUUUCAUAGUUUGGACAUAGUCGUUGCUUUUCAAGAAAAUUGUCAAAAAAGCCCUGCAGUAACGCACUGUCUGCAAGCUUGUCAUCCUGGUCCUAAUCUCCAAAGACGUAGAUGGCCUGAGUUAAAACCACCUGGCAAACCAUGCGGUGAAGCGUGCUAUCUUCUUUUGGAUGAUGUAAAGCAACUGACAUCUUUCGAUAAUAUAGGCAAAUCUCCCUUAAUGCUGGAUUCCGGAAAUGAAGCAUGCUCUGAAGAUAGUAACGACAGUAGUCAAUGUAGCAAGGAUGCCACGUUAACAAAAUCAUCGAAAAAUGGAAGCAACUUAUUUGAAAUCUUUGACCUAAGAGAUACAGAAUGGAACGGCUCAGAUAAGUCAUUUUUUCGCACGUUGCAAAAAACAUUUCUUAACAACUACUGCGCCAUCGCUGAAGCAAUGCUGACAAAAACAUGUCAACAAGUGUAUCGUUUUGUUCAACAAGAAGCAGCUGCUUGCUUACCAAUUGAGGUGAACAAGGAUAAUACACCGCCGCGCAAGAAGAAGAAGAAGCAUCGUCUUUGGUCUGUGCAUUGUCGUAAGAUUCAGUUAAGGAAGGAAGAUAGCUCAAAUCAUGUUUUCAACUAUUCACCUUGCGAUCAUCCGGGACAAUGCGAUGCGAAUUGCCCAUGUUACAGUGCUCAAAAUUUUUGUGAGAAAUUUUGCAACUGCAGUAGCGACUGUCAAAAUAGAUUUCCUGGAUGCCGCUGCAAAGCUCAGUGUAAUACAAAGCAAUGCCCUUGCUAUUUGGCCGUACGUGAGUGCGAUCCAGACCUUUGCCAGACGUGUGGGGCUGAGCAUUACGAAAUUGGUAAGAUAACUUGUAAGAAUGUGAGCGUGCAGAGAGCUUUGCACAAACAUCUUCUGAUGGCACCAUCUGAUGUGGCUGGUUGGGGAAUAUUUCUCAAAGAAAGUGCACAGAAAAAUGAGUUUAUCUCAGAGUAUUGUGGAGAAAUAAUAUCGCAAGACGAAGCUGACCGCCGCGGCAAAGUUUAUGAUAAGUACAUGUGCAGUUUUCUCUUUAAUCUAAACAACGAUUUUGUCGUUGACGCUACAAGAAAAGGAAACAAAAUUCGUUUUGCGAACCAUUCUAUCAAUCCAAACUGCUACGCUAAAGUAAUGAUGGUGAAUGGAGACCAUCGAAUUGGUAUAUUUGCAAAACGUGCAAUCCAGCCUGGGGAGGAACUUUUCUUUGAUUAUCGCUAUGGUCCUACGGAGCAGUUAAAAUUUGUGGGAAUUGAACGAGAAAUGGAAAUCCUAUAAACUCCAAACACUACUUUUUUCUAAUUGCUAGAUUCUUGAUUUCACGGUUGUCAUCUGUGUCCUACGAACUUAAUAAAAACUUGCUGGAACUCUGAAA